CCGAAGGAAAUUCAAUGAACACUUCCGUGAUUGAUAGAAGUGGAAAAAGCAGGAAGCCAAUAUGUGGAAGCUGGAGAUAGCAGAAGGCAAUGGUCCAUGGCUGUUUAGCACCAACAAUUUCAACGGCAGACAGAUUUGGAGAUUCGACAACCAAUCUUCGCCGAAAUCAGAUGAAAAACAAGCCGGAAUCGAAAAGCUCCGGCAAAAUUUCUCCGUACAUCGGCAUCGUGUUAAACCCAGCAGCGACGCGCUCAAGAAUUUUCAGCUGAUUGAAGAAAACAAUGUAGAUCUAAGCAUUGAACCAGUGAGAUUGAAGGAAGACGAAGAGGUAACCGAUGAAAAAAUCGAGAUUGCUUUGAAGAAAGCUGUUCGGUUCCUUUCAGCUACACAAGCUUGUGAUGGACAUUGGCCCUCGGAAAAUUCAGGCCCUUUGUUUUGCUUACCUCCUCUGGUUAUGGUGUUGUACAUUACUGGAACAACUGAUACCGUUCUAUCUUUAGAACACAAAAGGGAGAUUCUUCGUUAUAUUUACAAUCAUCAAAACAUAGAUGGAGGAUGGGGUCUCCAUAUAGAAGGACAUAGCACCAUGAUGAACACGACGCUGAAUUACAUUGCCCUCCGUUUGCUCGGAGAAGGAACAGAAGGUGGCCCAGACGGAGCUGUCGAGAAGGCGAGGAAUUGGAUCCUCGAACACGGAGGCGCAACGAUGAUACCUUCUUGGGGCAAAGCUUAUCUUUCUGUGCUAGGAGUAUAUGAAUGGUCAGGGUGCAAUCCAAUGCCCCCAGAGCUAUGGCUUCUCCCAUCAUAUCUUCCUUUGGGACCAGCGAGGCUAUGGUCUUUCAUGCGCAAUUUUUUUGCACCUUUAUCUUACUUGUAUGGCAAGAAAUUCGUGGGUCCACUCAACAAGCUAAUUGUAUCAUUGAGGGAUGAAAUUUACACUCAACCAUAUGGUAAGAUAGAUUGGAAUAAAGCUCGCCACUUGUGUUCAAAGGAAGACAUGUAUUUGCCAUAUCCCACGGUGCAAAUUCUGCUCUGGGAUACUCUUUAUUACAUUGCUGAGCCGAUUCUAAAUUGUUGGCCCUUCAACAAGUUAAGAGAGAAAGCUCUACAGAUAGCAAUGAAGGUGGUCCACUACGAGGAUGAGAAUACUCGAUAUAUAACCCAAGGAAGUACACAAAAGGUGUUGCAUAUGAUGGCCUGCUGGGCAGAGGAUCCAAAUCCAACCACAAAUUUACUACAAUUUCACCUGGCAAGAGUUCCAGAUUUCUUAUGGUUAGCUGAAGAUGGAAUGAAAAUGCAGUUAAACGGUGGCAGCCAGUUGUGGGAUGCUAUUUUAGCUACUCAAGCGAUUAUCUCAAGUAAUCUAACAGAUGAAUAUGGUUCAACUCUAAGAAAAGCACAUGAGUUCAUAAAAAUGUCACAGAUUCUAGAAAAUCCAUCAGGAGAUUUCGAAAAUAUGCAUCGACAUAUGAGUAAGGGAGCUUGGCCAUUCUCCAUUCCAGAUGAUGGGUGGCAAACCUCAGAUGGCAUUGCUGAAGCUCUCAAGACAAUACUCUUAAUGUCUCGGAUGCCACCAGAAAUUGUAGGUGAAACGAUUGAAGUAGAGCGAUUAUAUGACGCAGUAAAUGUCCUCUUGUCAUUACAGAGCGAAAAUGGUGGUUUUACUGCUUGGGAGCCGGUAAGAGGACCUCAAUGGCUGCAGAGGAUAAAUCCAACAGAACUCUUUGCUGCAGCAGCAAUUGAGCGUGAGUAUGUUGAAUGUACUUCAUCAGCCAUCCAAGCUCUUGUGUUGUUCUCUCAGUUAUAUCCUCAAUACAGAAAGAAAGAAAUCGAAACUUCCGUGGCUAAGGCAGUACAAUAUGUUGAAGGUUCUCAAAUGGAAGACGGUUCUUGGUAUGGCAACUGGGGGAUUUGCUAUACAUAUGGCACAUGUUUUGCUUUAGCAGGGCUAGCGGCCUUCGGUAAGACUUGUCGCAACAGCCAAAUUGUCCGUAAAGCUUGUCAAUUUUUGCUUUCAAAACAGCAAGAUUCUGGUGGAUGGGGAGAAAGCUACUUAACAUGCCCCAAUUUGGAAUAUAGAGAUCUAGCUGAUGAAAACUGCUCACAUCUAGUGCAAACUUCAUGGGCAAUGAUGGGUCUGAUUCAUGCAGGACAGGUUGAGGUUGAUCCACAACCUCUGCAUAAAGCAGCAAGACUAUUGAUCAACUCACAAAUGAAAAGCGGUGAAUUUCCUCAACAGGAACUUUCUGGGGUUUGCUUGAGGACUUGUAUGAUACAUUAUGCUACAUACAGAAAUAUAUUCCCAUUAUGGGCUCUAGGAGAAUAUCGCAGGCAUGUGCUAUCGCCUACAUAAGCGUUUAAGGUUCUCAGAGGAUCUAGUAAUUCUCAGUAGUGCUGACUGUUUCUUAAAUUGAUACUGUUUCCUAAUAAAUUAGUGAACUUUUCAGCUCUAUUGGUGUUGUAUAU